CGCAGGUCCGCCAUAUUGUCUGCCGAAGCUGCCGCUGAAGCUACAGCUGCGGCCGCCGCCAAGUCUGAGCGAGCGGAGCCGCGAUGGAGACCAUGGCAAGCCCAGGGAAAGACAAUUACCGAAUGAAGAGCUAUAAGAACAACGCCUUAAACCCUGAGGAAAUGAGACGAAGGAGGGAGGAAGAGGGCAUCCAGCUUCGGAAACAGAAGCGGGAACAACAACUUUUUAAACGGAGAAAUGUGGAGCUGAUUAAUGAAGAGGCCGCCAUGUUUGAUAGUCUGCUGAUGGACUCCUACGUGAGCUCUACAACUGGGGAGAGUGUGAUCACAAGAGAGAUGGUGGAGAUGCUCUUUUCUGAUGAUUCUGACUUGCAGUUAGCAACCACACAGAAAUUCCGGAAACUCCUCUCCAAAGAGCCAAGUCCGCCAAUAGAUGAAGUUAUUAACACUCCAGGAGUAGUUGACCGGUUUGUGGAGUUUCUGAAGAGGAGUGAGAACUGCACAUUACAGUUUGAAGCUGCCUGGGCUCUGACAAACAUUGCCUCUGGAACCUCUCAGCAGACCAAAAUUGUCAUCGAAGCAGGAGCUGUCCCCAUUUUUAUAGAGCUGCUUAACUCAGACUUUGAAGAUGUACAAGAACAGGCAGUCUGGGCUUUGGGAAACAUAGCUGGAGACAGUUCGGUUUGCAGAGAUUACGUCUUGAAUUGUUCCAUCCUUAAUCCUUUGUUAACACUCCUUACUAAGUCCACACGACUGACAAUGACAAGGAAUGCAGUCUGGGCCCUGUCAAACCUCUGCAGAGGGAAGAACCCGCCUCCAGAAUUUGCAAAGGUCUCUCCUUGUUUGCCUGUAUUGUCUCGCCUACUCUUCAGCAGCGACUCAGACUUGCUGGCAGAUGCUUGCUGGGCCCUCUCAUACCUGUCUGAUGGUCCCAAUGAGAAGAUCCAGGCAGUCAUAGACUCUGGAGUUUGCCGAAGACUGGUAGAACUUCUGAUGCACAACGAUUACAAAGUCGCGUCUCCUGCCUUGAGAGCUGUGGGUAAUAUUGUCACUGGUGAUGACAUCCAGACCCAGGUUAUUCUUAACUGUUCAGCCCUCCCGUGCCUCCUCCACCUGCUGAGCAGCUCUAAGGAGUCAAUCCGGAAGGAAGCUUGCUGGACCAUUUCAAACAUCACUGCUGGCAAUAGGGCUCAGAUACAGGCUGUCAUAGAUGCAAAUAUCUUCCCUGUGUUGAUCGAAAUCCUUCAGAAAGCAGAGUUUCGUACCAGGAAAGAAGCUGCCUGGGCCAUCACUAAUGCCACAUCAGGAGGAACCCCUGAGCAAAUCAGGUACCUGGUGUCACUGGGCUGCAUCAAACCGCUGUGUGACUUGCUAACUGUAAUGGAUUCAAAGAUUGUGCAAGUGGCCCUCAAUGGACUAGAGAACAUCUUGCGGCUUGGAGAGCAAGAGGGCAAGCGUAGUGGCUCAGGGGUCAAUCCCUACUGUGGCCUCAUUGAGGAGGCUUAUGGCUUGGAUAAAAUCGAGUUUCUCCAGAGCCACGAGAACCAGGAAAUCUACCAGAAGGCCUUUGACCUCAUUGAGCACUACUUCGGUGUAGAAGAUGACGAUAGCAGCCUGGCUCCUCAGGUGGAUGAGACGCAACAGCAGUUCAUCUUCCAACAGCCCGAGGCCCCCAUGGAGGGCUUCCAGCUAUAAUGUCUGCCUCCGGGGAGGGGAGGGCAUGGGAAGCACCAGCCAGCGGAAGAGCAGCCCUCUGGUGGGCAGGGAAACAGCCACCCCACCAGCAGCCACCAUACACCUGCUGCCCUAGAGACUGUGCUCUUACGUGCUCAUCCCCUUCCCUGGAGGGCACCCUCUGGACAGACAGAAGCAUCUGAGGCUCACACUGGGUUUUGUGACAAGAAGGGGGCGUGUGGGUUUUCUUCCUUACACUUUAUUUUGGCUGCACACAUGUCUUUAACCCAGGAGCCCAGGGGUAGACAAAGGAGGACUGAGGUAAUCAAUUUGCACCUUUAAAAUUUUUUUUCUUUUAUUUUCUUUAGUGGUGACUUCCUUCCCAUUUAUCUUGCUUCAUCCAUCCCAGUCCUCUGCCCUGAUGUGUGUAACUCUUAUCUUGGGUACUUGAGCAGAUGGAAUAUUCCAGAGGUGGGAGGUGGGAGGGGAGGGGAGAAGUCCAAACAAAGUGUUCUUGCUCUGACUGAAUAUUAAUCUUGUAUGCUUGGAUUGGUUAUUUAAUUUUUUUCUUUUGCACAUUUUUCUUGUAUUAAGGUUGCUCUUCCCAAAAAGCUGGUUUUAAGAACCCAGCUGCCAGCACUGUCUGGAAAUAGAGGCUAAUUAGGGAGGCCCCCAUGAGACAAAGGUCCCUCCCUCCUCUGACCCUAUGCCUAAGCCCUCCCCUCACUCCCCUGGGACACAUCACCAGUGUGAGUGGAAGGGAGGAGCACAGGCCUUCAGACAGGGCUUCCCUUUUGUAGCUACUGACCCUGUAUCCUACCCACCUCCUAAAUGGUGCGACCCAACUUCAUUUGUUUACUUGAAAAUUCACCUCAGAGUUGAAUGAACCUCUGAGGUGGCUGUGUUUUCUCCUGAGCUUGAGAUGGUGGGCUGUGGUCCUUCCUUCUCCUGAGGAGAAAGUCCUUGCUCUGAUGACCCAUAAGUUGCAGAGGAGGUUGGAGUUAGGGUCGUGUAUUGGGAUAGUCAGGAAUCCCUACCUUUGGCCUUUCUUCUUCCUUCUGCCAUAGUUGGAUCAUGUAUAUUUUACUUCCAAAGGAGAGAAUGUCAAAGUUCUGUAUUUUUUUUUAUAGUCUAUAUAUUAAGUAAGUCAGUCUUAAAGGUCUUAGGAGGACAAAAACCGCCUGUGAGUGGGAUACUGUGAGGAAGACCAGAAAGGUGUAAAAGCUUCCCACUCAGAGGACUGAACUUGGUCCUUUUCUUCUCUGCUUGGAUUCUGGGCCACCGCUUGGGACCAACUCUCACCUCUGGAGCCUUCAAGUCAAUCGGCCUGGGCUGAUUGUCCAGUACCUGAAGGGAGCAAAGAGGGCCUUGGGGCCUGGUGAAGUCUGCUGCUCUGGUCCUUGCUUCUGAGCAGAAAGCAGCCUGCCUUCUCUAACUCAGUGCCAGUCUCUGUUACCCAGAUAAGUCACGACACAGCUGCCUCUCCUGUCAUCAGAGAACCUUGGCGACCUGGAUACUCUGAGAGCUGUUGGCAUCUCCCUUCUGAGGGUCCUUGUACCUGGAUUGGAGUUCCCCUUCUUGUGACAGUUACACAGACACAUUUUCUUCUCUGAGUAAAGCUGGUUCAAUACCUCAGGCUGGCCUGUGUUUUAGUGGGUUACACGUUACACUAAAACUGAGCUCUGGGGGCAGGGAGUGGGGUGCGCUGUCAUCAAGGUGUAGACCACCUGUGGAACCCCAUUGUGGUGAAAUGGAGGUAUCCCAUCCUCAUGUACACUUCUGUUUCUCCAGAAACAGCAUUCUUCUUAUUCCUGUUCCCACAGAUCUCCCUUUGGCUCCCACACAUGCAGAUCUGAAGUUCAGGUUCUUGCUGUUGGCCAUUGGCUUUCAGAUUGACCCUGCUCCUAAGAAAAGUAGUUCAGGUUUGGCAGUUUAUACUGGAAACCUUGACCAACAUUGGGCCACAUUGGCGAGUCAACUGCUCCUUCUCUACCCUCUGGCCUUCCGGAAAGGCAAUAGGCAGAGCCUUUUUUUUUUUUUUUUUUUUUUUUAAACCUGGCCCACAGCUUUAUUACAGACUCUGCUCCUAGUUCAAAACCCCUCCAUGACUGCCAUCAUCAAUCACCCUUGUCGGAAGAGCAGGACACUGUAGUGGGGUCUACUCUGAACAUCUCAAGCAACAGUUAAGCCCCUUGCGUUGGAGCCAGAGUCUCAAUAUGAGCCAUGAAUGUCCUGCUUUCCCUAUCCUUUCUCCAGUACUGCUUUGCCUUCAGGCUUGGAUCCAGUACCAGAUGAAAGGCUGGUUACCUAGCUGUUUUAGGCAUCCCACACUGAGAUACUCUUAAGUGGCUGGUAGAGUGGUCAUUCCUAGAUGCUGUCUUCAGACUCCAUCUCCCCAGUGACCACAGGCCUUGAUGUUGGCUGCAGCUUUCUGGCAUAACCCUAUGAGUUCUGUCCUGUUGGCACAAUUGUUCACCUUUUUCUGGAGAGCUCUGGUGUUCCCCUUUACCUGGGACCCUAUAUCUACUGCUUCCCUCUUCUGUACCUGGAAGUCAUUUCCAGCCUGUGUGCUGAAGCCAAUCACAGGUUACGGCUGCUAUUGUCUUCUGCUACAGGAGAUGAAAAGAAGGUUCUUUUUUGUUCUUACGGUUUUUCUGUGCAGCUCUGGCUGUCCUGGAACUUACUCUGUAGACCAGGCUGGCCUUGAACUCAGAGAUCCUCCUGCCUAUGCCUCCCAAGUGCUGGGAUUGAAGGCGUGCACCACCACUGCCUGGCGCCAUGGCAAAAAGUUUCUUAAACGCGGUCUUUUUACUUACCUGAAACCAACCCAGUAAAAAGAGAAAUUUCCUGCAUGGAGGAACUGUUUCUCCUCCCAUCUGCCGGUCACGUAGCACUUCAUCGUCACUCCAUGCCCUCCUGUGGAGGCUUCUGCUCUUUCUGUUCAGACCUCAUCUCUUCCCCAGCUUCACUCAGUUUGGUGUCCAUCCUCUUGGGUAUUAUUCCGGCUCAAGGUCUAACUUCUCGAAGGCAAAAAACCAGUUUCCCCAGGUCCCUGCAGACCCAGGAGGGCGACAGGAUGUUGGCAAGCUUCCCUAGCAGGCUGGGGAAGGAAGGGUUCAAGGCUCAGUGUGCUGAACCAGGGCAGAUCCUGAGCAGCAGCAGCAGCCUCGGUGGCGAGGCCGUAAGGGAUAGACUUCUGGCGCAUUCUAGACCAACCUCAUCCAGUUUUUUUUUCUGUUUUACCUCUUGUAUUCUUUUGUUAGGCCAGCAAGACCGAGAAUUUGCCCCUCUGGGGAUCGAUCCACCAGCUGCUCUUUGGCCAAAGGCUGUCAUAACCGAUCCAGUUUCCAGUGUAGUCCCUAGCCCCACCCCAGAAUAAGACAUGCAUGGCAAUGGAAGGAUUUGAGGUCAAUUCCAACCAAUCUGAAUGAAAACUUAUUUUUCUUUUGAGAGAGCAUCUUGUUUUGAAGCCAGAACUACGUACAGGACCAAAGCUGGCUGUGAGGAAAGCAGCCAUAACUGGGGAACCUGAACAGCAGAGGGGAAAGGCUUGUGUGAUGUGUCUUCAAAGGAUUGGGCUUACCUACCUAUUUCUAGGCCAGCCUGACUGCUGCUGCUCACACCAGCACAUGCCAAUGAUGCCCAUGAGCCCUGUUCUCCUCUGGUUCUGAUGUCAUUGUUUAGCUUUAGAGAAAGACCAUGGCAUACUAUGUUCAGGGAGCAAUGCAGGAAGUCUCAGCUUGAGGGUCCUGAGUCGGCCUGAAACCAUGAAACCUCAGAAGCUGUGGGUGGGUAUUGGCUGUUGUAGCCAGCUUUUGGGGGAAAUGCCUUUUUUUGACCUAUUAAAUAAACUAAGUGGGUGUGAGGUCUCAGCUACCCAGCAGACAGAACCAUCGCCCAAGGACAGCUUGGGUUUCCAGGUAAGAACCCUAGAAAGGUGAAUUUAAUCCUCACAGGUUUUGCUUUCUAAAUUCAUUUGCUUUUAUUUUUCUAAAAACUGUAAACUCUAUUUUUUCAUGUUCUCAGGGCCCCUGGGUAGACAGACAAAGCUUGAUUUCAGAGCAGAAAUAGGCCAAGAAAACAUGGCGUUGAGUGUGCUGAGUCCAGACUAAUAUUUAUAUACACAUCCAAAUUUGAAGAGAAAAUGUAUUUCUUUAGGUUUCAAACACUGUAAUAGAUACAAAGCAGAAAUAAAAAGUUGCAAAGUU